GUUGCCUGACAUUUAUGAUCCUGUCAGGGCGCAGGGAACUAGGAUUGAUUAUCAUCUCACCAGAGCAUGGGAGAAGGGUCAAGCUAAAAGACGCUACAAACAAACGUUCCUAAACAGCGAAACCAUUAAUAGGAGCAUUAACGGAAAUAUCACAUGUGGAAACUUCACUGGAUCAUCUAACAAACGAGGGGAGGAAGAGAUCGAUAGUUCCAAUGAGAAAAGAAUAUUAAAAAAAAAUCGACAUGAAAUUGAAGAUAGACAAAUUAUACUCCUGCCUCGAACUCUAGAAAAUCAAGACUUAUAUCAAAACCAUGAUGAUAGUAUUGAUGACGAAAACUCUAUACUGCUGCUUUGUGUACCUGAUGACGAUUUUCAAAAAGUAACUGAAUUAAUAGUAGGUAAGGACGAAAGAUCAGCUCUGGUAGUAGAGGGCAUCGAUUUAGAAACAACGUUUGAACAAUAUCGUAACGAGUAUGAAAACAGUUUUGAUCUAUGUUGUAGUGACAUAAUGGACCUUAGGCUUAACUCUAAAUUUACGGAAAAAAUAUCCGAAACUAUAUUGGAAAAAUUUCCAAAAGAUUCUUUAUUUAAAUGGAUUAAAUGCUGGUGUGAUAUUCACGUAAUUUCUGGUGAAAACGAAGGUGAUGAUAACUUUUGGAUUAAGGAUGCGAUUUAUAACAUUCUUGCACCAUUAUAUGCACCAUACAAUAUACUAAAAUUAGGAGAUCUCGAAGAAAAUCAGUUCAAUGCACAGUUUGUAAAUCAAAUACUUAAUAACGCACUAGAUAUUAUUUGUAAUGUCGACUGGCGAAUGUAA